AAAAAUUUCAUGUUAGAGGACGGUGAAGAGGAUUCCGGCAAGUCUUAAGGGGUCAAUUAUAAGCAUAUAUCGCGCUGUUUCAUAGACCGGCUAGCCUAGAGCUCAGAACCGGCAGAACGCGUUCCAAUUGCGACGCUCGUGACUCAUAACUGCUUUCAACUUUACCUUAUAUACCGAAAGUUGUGAGAAGGCAGUCAACGAAGAGCGUUUGGUAAAGGCCAGAUCUCAUCGGAAUUUUUGGAAAGAUUUUCAAUUGGAAGCAACUCAUUUUAAAUUCAUUCACUAAGCUUCAAACAAGAAUAUAUACACUCCUCCAAAUAUGAGUUCAUCAGAACCAGCCGAGGCUUUAUCCAAGCCUGAAGAAACACAACCUCCUCAGCCUCCUUCAGAACCAAUGGACACUCAACCAGACCAAGCCGCUACAUCAAACCCACCGCCAAUGUCCAAAAACGCCCUCAAACGUCUCCGCAAGCAGGAAGAAUGGGACGCCGGCAAGGACGACCGCCGCAAGCGCCGCAAGGAGAAACGCCACGAGCGAAAAGCUCGCGUCCGCACUGAGCGCGCCGCCCUCAUCGCGCAGGGCGUCGAUCCUGCAGAGCUCAAGAAGAAGAAGCAGGUUUCUACGCUGGCGCCUGUGGGGAUCAUUGUCGACUGCGACUUUGAGGAUUACAUGAUGGACAAGGAGCGCGUUUCUCUGUCCAGCCAGGUCACGAGGGCGUACUCUGACAACAAGGCGGCGAGAUACCGUUCGCAUCUCUGGGUGGCGGGCUUCAACAAGGGGAUUGCAAAGCGGUUUCACGAAGUGCUAGGUGAUCAGCACAAGAACUGGAAGGGCAUUUGGUUCGAUGAGGGCGAUUAUAUCAGCUGCGCGGCUAAGAUCCGUGAACGGAUGAGCGCUGCUGAUGGCAGUGGCGGAGAAAUGAUUGAGUCGCUGCAGCGCAGCCUCGACGAGCCCUCGGCAUGGACUCGUGAUGAAACCGACCCUUUCCCCAUUCCUGGGCCGGAACCUCCCAUGGACGAGGCGAACAAGGACGUCGUGUACCUGUCAUCUGACUCUCCUUACACACUCGAGCGCCUGGAGCCAAACACAUGCUACGUCGUGGGCGGGCUGGUCGAUAAGAACCGUGAAAAGGGCCUCUGCUACAGACGCGCGCGGGAAAAGGGCAUUCGCACGGCGAGAUUGCCGAUUGGCCAGUUUAUGGUGAUGCAGAGCCGACAAGUGUUGGCGACGAACCAUGUAGUUGAGAUUAUGCUCAAGUGGCUGGAGUGUGGUGAUUGGGGCCAGGCAUUUUUGAGCGUGAUUCCUAAGAGGAAGGGCGGAAGACUGAGAGAUGAGAAUGCCGAGUCAGAGGCUGGGGAUGGUGAAGGGGAAGAAAGAGAAGAGGACAAGGACGAAGAUGAGGUUGAGGUUGAAAAAGGGGCAGAAGCAUCAGAAACUAAGGAAGAGGAUGUGGAAGUUGAGGCAUCAACUACCGUUGGAGAUGAGAGCAAAUCAGGAGCUGAUGAAGCGAAAGAAACACAAUCAUAGACGUAAUGCUGUAUGCAGUCCCGUAAUUUAUACCAAGCAAAAUCCAUACCCAAAAGACCUGCACGAACUAUGUGUCUCCCAAUUAUAUGCAAUUCCCUUUAAGCUGUAACAUCAUGAUUAAAAAUCCAUUGAGUCGUCCUCUCGCUCUCUCUUAACCUUUGCAAUUCCUUCGUCCUUGAUAAUUCCUGAUACAAACGUUCUAAACUGAUCGACGUAGGGCUUCAGGCUGGUCUUUUCCCAGUCUGCAACGUUGACUUUAGACUUGUCAUCGCCCUCUUCACCAUCCUCCCCACCCUUCCAGGCAUCAAUCUCUGCCAGCAGACUCUGUACAGUUGGCACACCAAGAGGGUCAAAGUCUUCAAGUGCCUUUG